GGGCAGCGUGUGUCUCUAGUAGCUGCUGGUGGUGUGGUGUAUGCCAGUGAUAAAAUGGAUGUCGAGAAACGUCAAUACAUUUUGUAUCGACGAAUUCAUAUUCACGAUUUUGCAAGAGUUUCUCAUUAAAGCGAGAGUUUUGUGAGUACAUUCGGAUGAAGCUCGAGACAACAAGCGUCUACGUUCAUAGGGUUUGAGGGUGAACUUACCGAAUAAUUUCUAUUUAUGCGAGAGCAAUGGCAGAAUUUGUACGCGGCGGACCUAGCGUGUCAAACAGUGCAAAGAGUUCAGAUUUCUCAGAGGAUAUUCUAGCCAAGGCUCUUAAGAGGGGCUUGCAAUUGCAGGUCGAUAUCAACAAUAAAGGUGGAUCUCCAAGCACAGGAAGUGAAGAUGGCGGACCUAACGAAUCUCUCAAUGUGGAAAAUGAGUUUGAUCCAUUUUUAGAAAAUAUUCCUGACGAUACUCAAGAUGCAGAAGAGCCUGACAGUAGUAACAAUACUUUUUUAACAGCACCACCUGAAAAUCAAUGGUAUCAUGGAAGACUGGACAGAUUCACAGCGGAAGAGAGAUUAUGGGACGCCAGUAAAAUGGGAAGUUAUCUGGUCCGCGAAAGUGACAGAAAACCUGGUAGUUAUGUUUUGUCAUAUCUAGGAAGAACAGGCAUUAAUCACUUUCGUAUAACAGCAGUAUGCGGAGACUACUAUAUAGGUGGUCGACAAUUCAACAGUCUUUCGGAUUUGGUAGCCUACUAUACCCAUUGUUCCGAUUUAUUGAAGAGAGAACGAUUAAUGCAUCCGACACCACCGCCUGAGCCGGUGAACGAUAAAAAGCGUAUCGUAGCAAUAUUGCCAUACACAAAAAUGCCAGACACAGAUGAGUUGACUUUUCAAAAAGGUGACAUAUUCUUCGUUCACAACGACAUGGGAGAUGGUUGGCUGUGGGUUACAGCCCAUAGGACUGGCGAGCAGGGUUUGAUUUUUCGUGAAUUGGUUGACGAUCUCGACGAUGCGAUCGAUCCAAAUACGGUGUUCUCUUGGUUUCAUCCCAACGUUACGAAGAGCGAAGCUGUCGAUAUGUUGGUCAAAGCAGGACCGGGAAGUUUUCUAGUCAGACCUUCGGAUAAUAGCCCAGGCGAUUACUCAUUAUUCUUCCACAUAAACAAUCAAAUUCAACGAUUCCGAAUCGAAAAGAAGGGUGUGCGAUAUCUCAUGGGUGGCAGAACUUUCGAGUGUCUCGACGCUGUUAUCAACCGAUAUCGAAAGGAACAAAUAGUCGAAGGUCACACGCUGGUCCAAGCCAUGGUGACGGAACCGGACGGUAGCGUCAGGGUAAAUCGCGAGGUUCAACAUGCCGAAAAAAUUUACGCAACAUUGCGGGAAUGUCGAGAACAAUCGGGAGCUAAGAAAAACAAGGGCAUUAAAAUGCAAGGAUACUUGGAGAAAAAAUCGGAAAAGAACAAAAAGUGGAAAGCUCUUUACUUUGUGCUUUUGGUCGACGCUUCCGAUACGCAUCUUUAUCUUUACGAUAAUCCUAAACGAACUAAACCUAAGGGUCUCAUAGACCUGAGUUGCGCCUAUCUUUAUCAGGUCCACGAAAGUGUCUUCGAUCGACCUCACUGUUUCCAAUUGGUUGAGCGUGCCCUGCCGUGUUUAGCCACUAUAACUUAUUUAGCCGCACCGAAUACCGAAAACGCUCAAGACUGGAUAAACGCCCUAAAACCAUUGUGCGUUUCGCAAUUGACAAGAGCUCCUAAAGUCGCGCGUUUGCGCGAACUCCGCUCGCUUCAUCUUCACAUUCUCGACGCUCAUAGACUUCCGUACAAAUUCGUUCCUAAUCCUUUUAUAAUAGUGGCUCUCAACAACGUUAAAGUCGCCAGGACAAAAGUUAAGACUGGCCUCGAUCCUCUGUGGGACGAGGAAUUCGUUUUGGAAGAUGUGCCACCGGACGUGAUGACUUUCUCUCUCACGUUGUACAAUAAAACAAAACGAAGCAAGGACACGGAGGUCGCCGAACUGUCCGUUGAACUUGCAAAUUUGGCUAACGGAGAGGAAAUGGACGAGUGGUAUCCGCUCUCAGGGGUCACACCUAUCGGAGAGUGGGGAGCAUUGCGACUGCGACUACGAUACAGACACGAUCUUGCAAUGCCACCGGAAGAAUACAGUCCACUACAAGAAUUGCUACUCGAUCCGGAAUUGCACGUAGUACGAGCUUUAGCGGACGUCUGUCAUUUGGAUAGAGUUCCUUUAGCAAAUAGCCUACUAAGAAUAUUUCGACACGAGAGAAAAGAGGCUGAUCUUUUACGAUCCUUGAAUCAGGCUGAAGUUGAUAAGGAGGACGAAACACCGACGCUCUUUCGAGCUGCAAGCCUUACAACAACGCUCAUGGAUCUUUAUAUGAAGUCUGUUUGCACAUCUUUUCUUAAAGCUGCAUUGCGCGAGACUAUAGUUAAGCUUAUUGAGAGCAAACAGAGUUGCGAAUUAAACCCCACGAAGAUGGAUUCGCCGGAAGAUGCUUGUAGCAAUGCUGAAUUUUUAUUACAAGUUCUUGACGAAGUAACGCUAAGUAUUUUUACGAGUCCCGAUGCAUGCCCCAAAACGCUCAGAUAUAUUUGCGGCUGUCUCCAAAGAGCAGUCGUAGCAAAAUGGCCUCAUGAAAGAUUAGUAAGAACGCGAGUUGUCAGCGGAUUUAUAUUUUUAAGAUUGCUCUGCCCUGCCAUUCUUAAUCCAAGAUCGUUCAAUUUGAUUGCCGAGCCCCCGCCUCCAGCGGCUGCAAGAUCAUUAGUGAUGGUUGCGAAAUGCUUGCAAAAUUUGGCAAAUUUAGUUGAGUUCGGAGGUAAAGAACCCUACAUGGAAGUCGUUAAUCCGUUUAUUCUGAAAAAUAAGGAACGGAUGGUUGUUUUUUUGGACCAAUUGUCAAACGUAAUAGAAAAGCCUGAAUCCGAAGGAACGGAUCCGAGAAGCAAGAGUACGUGUGUCUCGGACACAGCGAGAGAUUUGGCGACACUGCAUCACAUUUGUGUUUCACAUUUGAAAGAACUUCAAGUUCUCUCGAAGACUCAGCCGACAAUAAAGCAGCUGGUUACUGUCACGGAGAUGUUGAGUAAGCACAAGCAAAAAUAUAUGGAAAUGAUACGGUAGUGAGAAGGCGAUCACUGAACGAUAAUAAUGCCAAACACGACAAAAUAAUUGUUCAAGCAAAACAAAAUAAUAAAUAACAAUAUUAAUAAUAAUUAAUAAUAACAAUAGUAACGAGGGAUAAGAAAAAAAACGAAAUACAAGAACAUCAAAUAUUUACAGAUUACACUGUAGUAUCUAACAAUACAUCAUAAUUAAGUGGUUUAAUUAAUUAAACUUAACAGACUGACGUGCCAUAUAUAUGAUUGUAUACACACAAGCCUACGUUUACUAUUUCGUAUGUGACUAGAAUAUAGUUUAUAUAUACAAGUAUAUACAAGACAAAAAAACAAUGAAGUUAAACGACAGUGAUAUAGGUACAUACGGAAUCAUAUAGACGUACGACGAUUUUAUAUUUACUUAGGUGCUCCGUAAUGAAUAAACAUUGAAGCAUUAUAAACUGA